AUUUUCUUUUCCCUUCUCGUUUCUGCUCAGAUCGAUCCGAAAUAAACAAGGUCUACGGGGCAAUUGUACGUCGCCGUGGUCAGUUUCGGGUUUACCUCACACCCUGCGCCACCGAGGAAAGAGGUUGGCCAACCCCCCCCUAUCCUGCCCCAUCACCAUUGACACCGGCCGGGACCCCCCGAUCUCGUCUUAUGUGUAUUUAUUUAUAUAUUUAAAAAAAACACACACUUCCAGCUAUUUUUUUUAUUUUCCAGCUCGAUCUACCGAAAGGUAGCUUUUCACUCAUACCUGCUUCUCCAGUUCACUUACAGUGUGAAGACAUUCCCGAAGGUCAUGAGCCUGCACUGUCCCCAUUUCAUGGCUCGUCGAAGGCACUGAGACACUUCCUUAGGCACAGAACUAGUUCAGUCGUCACUGAGCUGUCCUUUUGUCUUUUGGAGCCAUGGCUAGCAAGAGGAAGUCAACCAUACCAUGCAUGAUACCAGUCAAAAGCAUGCACAUUCAGGAGGACUUGGAGCAAGAAGGAGGAACUCCAGAUAGCCCACCUAGCAUAGACCUCUUCCCUCCCAGCGAAGAAGCUGGGCCCGAUCCCAUGGAACCGUGCGAGCCUACCAGAACUGAGGUAGGACAUGCGCAGAGGUGUGGAGGCCCAUACACCUGCCAACCCUGUGACUUUGAGUCUCAGGACCUCAACCUCUUUCUGGAUCACAUGAACAGCAGUCACCCCAACUUUCGGGCUGAGCCCAGCUUUUGCUGCCUGGAAUGCGGAGUGUCUACCAAGAACUAUGAAGGCCUGGCAUUGCACAAUGCCCGGGCACACCCAAGUGCCGUCCCCGGGGGCAGCUCAACAGGUGUAACUUUGCAGGUGAGCAAGAAAGACAGGAAGACAACUGUAGAGCAGACUGUGGUUGCUGGUGAAGCGGGCCCUGAGGGGGCCAAAGAGUCCGAGAUCUCCAUCACCAAGACACCCAUUAUGAAGAUGCUGAAAGGUAAGUCGGAGCCAAAGAGGAUUGUUGUGUCCCAUUCAGUAGAGGAGCCCGACACAGGCUGCAGCAAAGAGCCCGAGAAAAGGGAGACCCCCACAGUGACAGCAAUGGCUACAAUUGUCCACAAUGGACCACCCAGCAAAGUUACCCUCCCUUCUGCAAUACAAAUCGUGAAUGGUUCAAAUGCACUGCCAGUUUUGAAGACUGCCAUCACACAAGUGGUAUCUGUGGUGCAGAAUCGAAGCCUACAACAGCCAGCUCCCAUUUCACUGUCCUCAACUAGCUCCAAAAAUCUCCCCAAGGUCAUGAUUCCCCUGAGCAGCAUCCCGGCUUAUAAUGCAGCAAUGGACACCAACAGCUACCUCAAGUCCUCGUUUAGUAAGUUCCCCUACCCCACCAAGGCAGAACUCUGCUACCUAACUGUGGUCACGAAGUACCCCGAAGAACAGAUCAAAAUUUGGUUCACGGCUCAGCGGCUGAAGCAGGGCAUCAGCUGGUCACCGGAAGAAAUCGAGGAUGCCCGCCGGAAGAUGUUCAAUACAAUCAUUCAGACAGCCCCGCCACACCACAGUUCUCACCCGCACACCAUCACCGUCUUGCCUGCUCCGUUAGGCUCUAAUGGCAUGCCUCAUAUUAUUCAAGGGAGCUUAGUAGGGCAAGGAGGGGUCAUAGUCACUCAGCCCAUGAUGGCUAAUGGCAUCCAGGUGAGCAGUGCCCCUAUGGCUCUGGCGGUCACCCCAAAGCCUCAGAUGGCAGCCAAGCCUCAGCUGCAAGCCAGGCCCAGCACUGCUCUUGUGGCUGACAAAGGGGCCAGCACCAUAGUAAGCAUCGGUGGAAGCAGCAGCAGUAGCGUCAUCAUAAGCAGCAUCAGCAAUAGCAACAAAAUUCAUAGCACCAGUACCAGCAGCAGUAACAGCAUAAACGGCAACAACAGCAGCAGCGUCAACAGCAGCAGCAGCAGCAGCAGUAGUAGCAGCAGCAGCACUAAAGUGGUGGAUACUGCACCAACCAUUGCCAACAUCACCCACAGCACUCGCACUCUCCCCAGUAGUAUACUGGACCCCAGCUUCUACAAGAACAAGAAGUCACAAGAGCAACUCACUGCCCUUAAGCAGAGCUUUCUACGCAGCCAGUUCCCCGAGCAGGAGGAAGUGGAGAGACUGACCAAAAUCACAGGGCUGACCAUCCGGGAGGUGCGCAAGUGGUUCAGCGACCGGCGUUACCAUUACCGUAACCUGAAGGGCACCCGCUCCUCUGCAGGGGGGCUCUUUAGCGGGAACUCUGUCCUGGAUCUUGCAGAUAGUCCCUCUUCUGUGGGGAGCCCGACAUCCCCACAACAUCAGCACACCCCUCAACAGCCACAACAGCAGGCAACGCCAAGCACUCCUUCUCGGCGAUCAUCGUGGCACCAGACCCCCGAUUUCACCGCCAUCCGUUACAAGGAAAGAGAUCCACAGCAGGUGCGAGCCUUGGAAGCCAGCUUUACCCAGAACCCCCUGCCGUCUCCAGAGGAGGUGGACCGCCUACGGGCCGAGACAAAGAUGACCCGCCGCGAGAUCGAUGGCUGGUUCUCAGAGCGGAGAAAGAAAGUGGCUGCGGAAAAGAAAAAAGAGGAGGAGGAAGAGGAGGAGGGGGGAGAAGAGGAAAAGGAAGAGCCCUCACGAGGAAAGGGUGUUCAGAAGCGGGGGAAGGAGGAAAAACAGAAGGAGGUGUCCGCCUCCGAACCCAAGGUGAACCCCAUUAAGAUCAACCUCAAGAUGCUGAAGGUGACCGAGUCCAAUGGCAAGCCUGAUGCAGAGGCUAGCUCUCCAGCGCUGACAGAGAGCCCCAGAACGCUUCCUUCUGUAUCUCCGCGCAGUAAGAAGACACCCGAGCAGCUCCACUUGCUCAAACAGCUUUUUGCCCGUACUCAGUGGCCCAGCAACACGCAGUAUGAGGACGUGGCCACCCAGACGGGGCUCCCGCGGCCUGAGGUGGUGCGCUGGUUCGGGGACAGCCGCUACGUCUGCAAGAACGGGCAGCUGAAGUGGCUGGAAAGCUACCAGCGCAUGGUGGAGGAGGAAGGCAAGGAGGACACAAAGGUGUUGGCGGACUACUUGGCCAGUCACAAGAAACUGGAGGAGGAGCACGUCAAAGGGCUGGCGGAUUCCAGCGGCCUGAGCGAGGAGCAGGUACGGCAGUGGUUUGUCAAACAUUUGCUCCUGCUCAUGGGACCACUGGAAGACAAAGUAGUAGAGACGGGCAGUGAAGAGGGGGCCCAGGACCAAGAGGUAAAAGAGGAACUGUCCAAAACAAGCCUGAGCUGCGAGGUGGAAACAACACAAGCACAUGAAUUGCAGUCUUCAAAGCCCAAGGAGCAUACAUUAGAAGCAGAAAGCGAAGGCCCUGUGUGCCAGAGUGGGCAGUGAGACGGGCUCUGCAGAUGGAUGCUUUUGGGAGUUUGUUUCAUGACCUCGGACGGGACUGGGCCGCAGCGAGGCACUGCCAGGGUCCCAGCAGGGACGGGUUUCCUCAGCCCACAGGGGAACGGGGCCGAGAGGACUCCCGUCGGCAUGCGAGGGAAGGACAAGUCGCGGGUCUGAUAAAAGAACGCUCAGACAGGACAGAACUGCGGCUGGCGAUGAGGGAUUGUCGAAAAGCCAAUUGGGUAGGAGUGAUGUGGACAAUUUUAAAAUGUCCCAGGCACAUCUGGGAGGAUUGUAUUCUAUUUGUGUCAUUUCACAAGCCGUACUUCAGCACAACUUCAAAAUUACUCUCCGUUAAUUCGACAGUUUUUAACUUUCCGUUGUUCAAUAUAAAGACUGUAUAAGAUUUCAAACGAACUUUUAUCAGAAUAAAAUACAUACCAAGGGCU